AUGUCUCUUUCCUCAGUGAAGCGCCUCGGAAAGCGAAUCGUCGAUCAUCCAGAAGAGACCGUGCCAGUGGCUUCCGUCACUGAAUGGGUCGGAAACUUGACCAGCAACCCAGUUCAACGCGUCAAGGAAUACCUCAUAAGCUUGUUCCCCAUUUUCGGCUGGAUUACCCGCUACAAUCUCGGAUGGCUCACUGGUGAUGUGAUCGCUGGGUUGACGGUCGGCAUGGUUGUCGUCCCGCAGGGAAUGUCUUACGCCCAGAUUGCAACACUCGCUCCCGAGUAUGGUUUAUAUUCAUCGUUCGUUGGUGUGCUCAUUUACUGCUUCUUUGCCACCUCGAAGGAUGUCUCCAUCGGGCCGGUGGCCGUCAUGUCACUCACCGUUUCCCAGGUCAUCAAAUACGUACAGCAGCACCAUCCGAAUCAAUACACUGGUCCAGUUAUUGCUACAGCACUGGCCUUCAUCUGCGGAUUCAUCGUUCUGGGAAUCGGCCUUCUCAGACUAGGUUGGCUCGUAGAAUUUAUCUCCGCUCCAGCGGUCAGCGGUUUCAUGACCGGAUCUGCCAUCAGUAUUGCUGCGGGCCAGGUUCCAGGGCUCAUGGGAAUAACUGGAUUUGACACCCGCGCGGCUACUUACAAAGUCAUCAUUAACACUCUCAAGGGUUUGCCCCGAACGAAGCUUGAUGCCGCCUUUGGAUUGACCGGUUUAUUCUUCCUUUACGCAAUUCGCUACACCUGCCUCGCACUUGAAAGACGCUUCCCUCGUCGCGCGCGUGUCUUCUUCUUCAUCAGUGUUCUGCGAAACGCUUUCGUGAUCCUUAUUUUGACCAUCGCCGCCUGGUUGUACUGCCGUCACAGGAAAGUAGGCGGCAAAUAUCCCAUCAAGAUCUUGUUGACGGUCCCUUCUGGCUUCAAGCAUGUCAAGCAGCCAACCAUCAACUCCGGCAUUCUCUCCGCGCUGGCCCCAAAACUUCCUGUUGCGACAAUUAUCCUCCUUCUCGAACACAUUGCUAUCUCAAAGUCUUUCGGCCGGUUGAAUGGCUACAAGAUUGAUCCCAACCAAGAGCUGAUCGCCAUUGGUGUUACAAAUACAGUUGGUUCUUGCUUUGGCGCAUAUCCCGCGACAGGAUCCUUCUCUCGUUCUGCCCUCAAAUCAAAAUCAGGCGUUCGCACACCUUUGGCUGGUGUGGUUACUGCUAUCGUGGUCAUCGUUGCAUUGUAUGGCCUCACCUCAGCCUUCUUCUGGAUUCCCACCGCCGGUUUAUCUGCCAUUAUCAUUCAUGCAGUAGCAGAUCUUGUCGCAUCACCGGCACAGGUUUAUUCCUACUGGCGUGUGUCCCCCCUCGAGUUUUUGAUCUGGGUGGCGGCUGUCCUUGUCACCGUUUUUUCUUCCAUUGAAAACGGCAUCUACACAUCCAUUGCAGCUUCGCUCGCACUGCUCUUGAUCCGAGUCGCUCGUCCUCGGGGAUCAUUCCUCGGUAAAGUCACCAUCCGCUCUUCCGACUCAGACACCCAGCGUGAAGUCUUCGUAUCCCUUAUUAAGGAUAAUGUUACAAACCCACACGUCAAGGUCGUUCCUCCAUCACCCGGUGUCCUUGUCUACAGGUUCGAGGAAAGCUACCUGUAUCCCAAUGUCUCCAUCGCAAAUGGUGUGCUAGUGGAUUACGUGAAGGCAAACCUCAGACGAGGGAAGGACAUGACCAAUGUCAAGCUUAGUGAUCGUCCUUGGAACGACCCCGGCCCAGGCCGUCACGGUGGCGAGGCUGACCAGGUUGUUAACCAACGGAAACCCAUUCUACAUGCCAUCGUUUUGGACUUCUCAUCAGUGUCCCACAUCGAUACCACUGCCGUUCAAACCCUUAUCGAUACCCGUACUGAAGUCGAGAAGUGGGCCGAUCAUCCAGUGGAGUUCCACUUCGCACCCAUCCUGUCUCCUUGGAUUCGACGCGCUCUAGUGGCUGGCGGUUUUGGCAUUGGCCUUUCAAGUACAAGAGCUAUCCCAGACUUCGCCGCUGUUGUUCCUCACGAAGGCAGAUCCUUUAAGGAGACUGAUAGCCGCGACGACCUCGAGUCUGCAGAUAUUAAGAAAAAUUCUGACGUUGUUGCUUCGGAAUUCGAGCCAGUGGUGCCCGUGGAUACUCCAUUCUUCCACAUCGAUCUUACGGCAGCUGUUCGUGCAGCUGAGAGCGGUGUAAAAAAUGGGAAUUCAUGA